CUUUUUUAGCUCGAGACCCAAAUGAGAAAUUGGGCUGCCCCAAAUCGUCCUCCAAUGACCCAAAUGAAUAACAAGUAGUGCACUUUCGUAAAUUGCUUCCAGUGUGUCUGAGUGGUUUUGGGUUGUUCGUAAAUUCGGAGCGUUCGGCAGGUUGAUCAGAGCGUUCUGACCUCACAUUGGCAGUGAAGCACCCAAACUAUUGACAAGUUGGCUCGCUUGGUAGCUACAUCCAGACAAAAUUGCGAGAACCUCACUAACCAUUUUGCUCGCCCUAUCAGAGCUGGUUGGGCUGUUUUCAUGUUAUCUAGAGCGACUGUAAACGUGUUGCUGGCAACAAUUGAAUGACGGUUUUUUUUUUGGCCCACGUUUACUGCGCGUUUGUAAAUGCAUUAGUUAUUCUGCGCCCUGGCACUCAGACGAGAGUGCUCUGAAAUCGGAGUAGAUAGUUACAGUGAAUUUACGAACGCACCUAGCUACCUACCUCACGUGCCUGUUAUGAAAUACGUAUUUAUGUUUUAUUAUGACAUCUCAAUAGAACGAUAUAGAUCACUACAGGAUAUUGUCAUACGCGUGGCAGAAACCUAUUGAAAAUCGCGGACGAUAAAACAAAUGUCGUGCAGCAAAAUACAGGGCAGUAUGCAGUCAGCGGAUACAGAGCAGCCAAGGAAGCUGACUCUGGAAGAGCAGCGACUCCGCAUACAACAAUUAGAGCGGCAGACCCAGGCAGAGUACAGUGCUGCCAAGGAGAUUUUAGAGAACGAUCAGAAAGCCCCACGAGGUGGAAGGACCCUGAGCAGAUCACUGCCCAAGCCAGGACUGUCAAUGGAGAGCAUUGUGGAGCGGGAGAAGCGUAGGCGGUGUACUCUGAUAGAGCAGCACAACGGGUUGCAGUGUUCCGUGAGGGGUAAGGGGUCUCAGCUGCUGGAGAUGGAGCAGGCCAUGAAAGCCCUGGUGCUGGACUCCAAUACGGACGGAGACGAGCAGCACUACGACCAGCGUGUGAGAGAGCUGGAAAACAGUCUAGAAAAGAUGACCAUCAAAAUCACAGAGGCUGAGAGGAUCCAAAAAACCUACCUGCAAGUCUGUGACCACCUACAUCGGGAGGUGCGUGAGAUGCCCAUGGCUCUGGAUCAGCUGCAGAACUCAGUGGUCAGCGGGCAGACAGAGCUGGGAAAGGUGGCCCACAUGUCUCACACCGCAGUGGCUGCUGUGGACUGCACUAAGCUGGUUCAGAUGGAGAGGCAGCUAAUGGUGGAACGCAGGAUGAUGGAGAAGGAGUUGAGUGAAAGGAGAGGAGUGAAAGAGAAGGAGGUGGAGGGUCGGCUGGAGAGAGAGAGGGAGGGAGAGCGACGAAGCAGCAAAGGAGCUCAGAAGUUGAAAGAGCAGGUUCGAAGAGGGACUAUCAGAGAGGGACUGGCUGAAGAGACAGCUCAUAUCAGAGCCCAGCAGACCACCCCUGUCUCCUCUACUCCCCAGUCCAUAGUCAAACUGGUGGAGGAUAUUGAUGCUCUGAGAGAAGCUCUCAGCUGCACUGAUCUGCAGGAGCUGGAAACACGGCUGGUCUCUCAGAAGGCCAUAAGGGAGCAGCUGCACAACCAGAUGACCCAGUGUGAGGAGCUGGUCAGGCAGAGCAUGGAGACCUUGGCUGCCUUGGAGCUCCAGUACGCCCAGCUCAAGUUUAGCGUUGGACCCAGCUCUGACAGGUUUGAGCGGCUGAAGGAGGAAAUGCAGGCGGAGCUUGAGCAGGAAGAGGAGCGUUGCAGCCAUUGGGAGGACAAGCUUGAAAAGGCCCAAUCAGUGCUGCAUGGGGUGGAGAAGGGUGUCAACAACCUGUUCUUCAGGAUGAGCUGCGUGCAAGUCAAGGACUCUCCCAGGGAGUUGGGGGGUCUGGAUGCAAUAGAGAAGCUGAGGGAAAUUGGCGCCCGUCUGCCCACACUGCAGACCACAGCUUCAGAGAAGACUGAGGAAAACACAGCUGACCAUGAGAAGGUGUGGAGCUUCCUAGAGCAGAGCACCAUGAUGGAGCCCAGGAACUACAAGAGGGCCAGCAGCCCUGUGUAUGACAGUACCUCAGAAGAUACAUUCCAGUUCCGCAGUCAGGAGGAGGACUGCUCCAUGUCCCGCGAGGAGAUCAAGCGUCGCAGCAUCCAGCUGAUCGAGGUGCACCAGCCAAAGAAGAAAGCCCAGAGGAGCAACACUAAGAGCUAGAGACAAACUCCAGCUGUGGCCCUCUAUAUCCUACAGGGAGUAAGGCUGAGGAAAUAAUAAACAGGCUCAUAGUAUGAUUUUA